AGUAAGAAGAAUCUCCAUGGAUCCAAUCCUGGUCCUGGUGCUCACUCUCUCCUGUCUGUUUCUCCUCUCACUCUGGAGACAGAGCUCUGAAAGGGGGAAGCUCCCUCCUGGCCCCACUCCUCUUCCAAUUAUUGGAAACAUCCUUCAGAUAGAUGUGAAGGACAUCUGCCAAUCCUUCACCAAUUUAUCAAAAGUUUAUGGCCCUGUGUAUACUCUAUAUUUGGGCAGGAAGCCCACUGUGGUGUUGCAUGGAUAUGAGGCAGUGAAGGAAGCUCUGGUUGACCAUGGGGAGGAGUUUGCUGGAAGGGGAAGGUUCCCAGUUUUUGAUAAAGCUACUAAUGGAAUGGGCCUUGCAUUUAGUAAAGGAAAUGUAUGGAAAAACACGAGGCGUUUCUCACUCAUGACGCUGCGGAAUUUAGGCAUGGGAAAAAGGAGCAUUGAGGACCGCGUUCAAGAGGAAGCACGUUGCCUUGUGGAGGAACUUAGGAAAACCAAUGGCUCACCCUGUGAUCCCACCUUCAUCCUGGGCUGUGCUCCUUGCAAUGUCAUCUGCUCAAUUAUUUUCCAGGAUCGUUUUGAUUAUAAAGAUCGGGAUUUUCUUAACUUGAUGGAAAAACUGAAUGAAAUAACAAAGAUUCUGAGCAGCCCUUGGUUGCAGAUUUGCAAUACAUAUCCUGCUCUGCUUGAUUAUUGUCCAGGAAGUCAUAAACAAUUUUUUAAAAAUUAUGCUUCUAUUAAAAAUUUCCUUUUGGAGAAAAUAAAAGAACAUGAAGAAUCAUUGGAUGUUACAAUUCCUCGUGACUUUAUUGAUUAUUUCCUAAUUAAUGGAGGCCAGGAAGAUGGCAAUCAACCAUUGCAAAAUAGGCUUGAACACCUGGCAAUAACAGUGACUGAUCUUUUUUCUGCUGGGACAGAGACAACAAGCACAACACUGAGAUAUGCUAUCCUACUCCUCUUGAAGUACCCACAUGUCACAGCUAAAGUCCAGGAAGAAAUUGAGCAUGUGAUCGGCAAGCACCGAAGCCCAUGCAUGCAGGACAGGAGCCGCAUGCCCUAUACUGAUGCCAUGAUUCAUGAGGUCCAGAGAUUCAUUGACCUCAUCCCCAACAGCCUUCCCCAUGAAGUGACCAGUGACAUUAAAUUCAGGAACUACUUCAUCCCCAAGGGAACAACUGUAAUAACAUCACUGUCAUCAGUGCUGCAUGACAGCACGGAGUUCCCCAACCCAGAGAAAUUUGACCCUGGCCACUUUCUAGAUGAGAAUGGAAAGUUUAAGAAAAGUGACUACUUCAUUCCCUUCUCAACAGGGAAACGGAUAUGUGCAGGAGAGGGCCUGGCACGCAUGGAGCUGUUCCUGUUCCUAACCAGCAUUUUACAGAACUUCAACCUGAAACCUCUGGUUCACCCAAAGGACAUAGAUGUAACCCCAAUGCUCAUUGGAUUGGCCUCGGUGCCUCCUGCUUUCCAGCUCUGCUUCAUUCCUUCCUGAAAAUCAAAUGCCUGGCUCCAGCUGGGACAUCUUCUGUGAUCACCCUGAGGCUUUAAUUCACUGCUUUCCACACUGGAAACACUGACUUUUAUCCAGUUCUUUUGCCUCCUCAUAAUUUCAUAAGGUUCUAUGAACAAACAUUUACCAAUUUGCAGAUUCUGCACAAAUAUUUCUGACAGUUCCUAUUUUCUAAAACACUGUUACCAUAUGCUGUGGUGAUAUGUACCUGAUCCCAAGUUAAAUAUACUCUCAUAAAAUUGAAAUUACUAUUGCAGGAUAAUUCACUGUCACUUCUCUUCUGCAUUUUCUUAAUAAUAAAUUGUUUUGGUAUACCU